CGGGAUGACUGCGGCGGGGCCGGGGAUGCCGGGGGUUCCCGGGAGUCCCGGGCGGUCCCAAAGGGUCCCGGGGAGUGUGACGCGGCCCGGGGUGCACCCACUGCGGGCGGCGCUGGGCCGGCGACCGAGCCGCAAGGUGUCCGUGCAGUCCCCGACCCGGCCGGCCCCCACUCCUGGCCCCCGGUCCUGACCCCGCCGGGAGCCGCGCCCCCGGCCCGAAAUAGCGCGGGGCGGGGCCGGUACCGCCAUGGCGAGGCAGCCCGCAAAGACGCUGUGGUACGACCGCCCGCGCUACGUCUACCUGGAGUUCUGCGUGGAGGACAGCAGGGAUGUUAAAGUCGUCAUCGAGAACGAGCGGCUGGUGUUCAGUUGCAAAAAUGCAGACGGUGUGGAGUUCUACAACGAGAUCAACCUGUAUGCCAGAGUCAACUCCAAGGACUCGCGGGAGAAGCGCUCUGACCGCUCCAUCACCUGCUUUAUGAGGAAGUGGAAGGAGAAAGUGGCCUGGCCCCGCAUCACCAAGGAGAACAUCAAGCCCGCCUGGCUCUCCGUGGACUUUGACAACUGGCGAGACUGGGAAGGGGACGAGGAGGUGGAGAGGGCCAUGCUGGAGGAGUAUGCAGAGCUCCUGGAGAAGGUGACGGACAAAGGUCCCCCCCCAGCCAUGGAUGACCUGGAUGACGAGCUCUGAGCCCAGGCCCACCGGGGGACGCCGCAGCCGCAGGAAGCCUCCCGGGGCACCGGCACCACGCACCGAGAAAGCGGAGCCGCCGCAGCCGGUUCCCCACCGGCCGCAAGGAACCCCGACCCGGGAUGGCGGGAGCUGUCCGGUCUCCCCGUGCCCGUUACCCGCGCGGGGUAAUAAACAUGAACCUCCGUGA